AAAAAAUCCGCAGGCACCAAACAUCUACCGCCUGCCUUUCACGAGGAAGACCUGCAUCGCGUCGGGCCCUCAACCAAGCCAUCCUCUUUCCCGACAACGCUCCCUGAUCUUUUGUUUCUUUGCCAGAAGUCUGAUCGCUCUGGGUUGUGCUCCAAGGCAGAGUGCGCGCGCCGCCCGCGCCCAGCGUUGAUUUGAAAGCAGCCCUGACCGUCGCCUCACCUCGGCUUCAGUCCAGCCUCACCCACGCGCCUGUCAUCGCCUCCCCCGCAUCGGUCGGCCGACCGAGAUCUCCUGUUUCCCGACUCAUCGCCUUGGAAUAGGCGACGCGCUCCCGCUGAAGAAAUCACUCGACCCGCACGCGACAAGAUGGCGGAAUACGGAGAUAAUGACUAUGAGGCGGACAACUACCAGGAUGGCCAGGGCGAGGAGGACGACUUUGAUCCCGAGGCGAUCACGCCCGAGGACUGCUGGACGGUCAUCUCGUCCUACUUUGACGAAAAGGGCCUGGUGUCGCAGCAGAUCGAUUCCUACAACGAGUUCACAACCACCACCAUCCAGAGCAUAAUCGACGAGUACCACACCCUCACUCUCGACCAGCAGAACCCGCAGGACAGCGGCGCGAGUGGCCGGCCGCUGAGAAUGCGCCGCUACACCCUCACGUUUGGUCACAUCCUCGUCACCCAGCCAACAAUCAAGGAAACCGAUGGUCAGGCCAACACGCUUGUCCCGUACGAGUGCCGCGACCGAAACCUCACGUACGCCUGCCCGCUAUGGGUCAAGCUGACCCGCAAGGUCGAGGCGGCCGUCGAGGUGGAUAUCCCCGAGGACAAACUCACGGAGGAGCAAAAAGAGGAGGCGCUUGCAACUAACGAGCACCCCACGACUGUCGUCUGGGUUCCGGAGCCGGUCGAGGAGCAUUCGAUUGAGAAGAAUGAGAACAUGAGGGAUAUGGUUUUCAUUGGCAAAAUCCCCAUUAUGCUCAAGAGUCGAAUCUGCUAUCUCCGCAGUCAGCCUGAGUCGGAGCUCUUCCUUCUCAACGAGUGCCCAUACGACCAGGGCGGUUACUUUAUCAUCAACGGCAGUGAAAAGGUCCUCAUUGCGCAGGAGCGCUCUGCCGCCAACAUUGUCCAGGUCUUCAAGAAGGCGCAGCCGCACAAAUACCUCUAUCAGGCCGAGAUCCGUAGCGCCCUCGAGAAGGGCUCCCGCCUCAUCUCGUCGCUGGUGAUGUCGUUGACAUCCAAGGGGGACAGCUCACGUGGUGCCUUUGGCCAAACGCUCCAUGUCACGCUGCCGUACGUCAAUGGCGAGCUGCCGUUAGCCAUUGUGUUCCGCGCCCUUGGCGUGGUGUCUGACGAGGACAUUCUGAACCAUAUCGUCCUGGACAAGGGUGAUGUGCAGAUGUUGGAGAUGCUGCGGCCCAGUAUCGAAGAGGCUUUCUGUAUCCAAGACCGUGAGGUUGCGCUGGACUUUAUCGGCAAGCGAGUUGGCAGGGAUGGGCAGCACGCCAACAAUCGGCACCAGCGUCUGCGCAUGGCUCGGGACAUCCUCCAGAAGGAGACCCUACCACACGUUUCGCAGGAGGAAGGCCAAGAGACGAGGAAAGCUUUUUUCUUGGGCUACAUGGUGCACAAAAUUCUUCAGUGUGCCCUUGGCCGUCGCGACGUCGAUGACCGAGACCACUUCGGCAAGAAGCGACUUGAUCUCGCGGGUCCGCUGCUGGCCAAGCUCUUCCGCAACCUUGUUCGCAGGAUGUCCAACGAUAUGAUGAAUCAUCUCAAGCGUUGCAUCGACUCGUCGAGGAACUUCGACCUGACUUCCGCGCUGAGGCCCAACACGCUGUCAAACGGGCUGAAGUACUCGUUGGCCACGGGCAACUGGGGCGAUCAGAAGAAGGCGGCGAGCUCGACGGCAGGUGUCUCCCAGGUGCUGAACCGAUACACAUUCGCAUCGACGUUGUCGCAUCUGCGGCGGACGAACACGCCCAUCGGCCGUGAUGGCAAGCUUGCAAAGCCCCGCCAGCUGCACAACACGCAUUGGGGUCUGGUCUGCCCUGCCGAGACUCCCGAGGGCCAGGCUUGUGGUCUGGUGAAGAACCUGUCUCUGAUGUGCAUGGUUAGUGUCGGAACACCCGCAUCUCCCAUCGAGCACUUCCUCGUCUCUCGAGGCAUGGAGGUUCUCGAGGAGUUUGAGCCCUCGGACGGCAUGGCCGUGUCCAAGAUCUUCAUCAACGGCACGUGGGUCGGUGUUUCUCGCAACAUUGACGAGCUGGCUGAUGCGGUCGCGGACCUGCGGAGGAAGAACACGGUGGAUGCCGAGGUUUCUCUGAUCCACGACGUGCGUGAGGGAGAGUUCAGGAUCCUGUCGGAUGCCGGUCGCGUCAUGAGGCCGCUGUUCGUGGUGAACCAGAAGGACGAUGAGAUGACUGGGACCAAAAAGUCGAGUCUUGUGCUCACCAAGGAGCAUAUCGCCAGGCUGCACGAAGACAAGGACAACCAGCUGUCCCAGGGAGACGAGGGAUUCUACGGAUGGGAGGGUCUGAAGUCGGACGGUGUCAUCGAUCUUAUGGAUGCCGAGCAGGAGGAGACGGCCAUGAUUUGUAUGACGCCAGAGGACUUGGAUAUCUUCAGGUACCUCAAGGAGACGGGCAUCAACCUGGCGUCCGAAGACGACAUCAUCACGGAGCACAACAUCAACAAGCGGCUGAGGACGAAGAUAAACCCGACGACACAUACCUACACCCACUGCGAGAUUCAUCCUAGUAUGCUGCUGGGCAUCUGCGCCAGCAUCAUUCCGUUCCCUGAUCACAACCAGUCGCCUCGUAACACCUACCAGUCUGCAAUGGGCAAGCAGGCCAUGGGUUUCUUCCUGACAAAUUACAACAAGCGCAUGGACACCAUGGCCAACAUCCUCUACUACCCGCAAAAGCCCCUUGGUAUCACCCGCUCGAUGGAGUACCUCAAGUUCCGCGAGCUUCCGGCAGGACAGAACGCCAUCGUGGCCAUCGCAUGCUACUCUGGAUACAACCAGGAAGAUUCCGUCAUCAUGAACCAGAGCAGCAUCGACCGCGGACUCUUCAGGAGCCUGUUCUUCCGGUCAUACACCGACGCCGAGAAACGAGUGGGUAUCAACCUCGUGGAGAAGUUUGAGAAGCCGUACAGGCAGGACACUCUUCGUCUGAAGCAGGGAACCUACGACAAGCUCGAGGAUGAUGGCAUUGUUGCACCUGGCACUCGUGUCUCGGGAGAGGACAUUAUCAUCGGAAAAACGGCGCCCAUUCAACCGGACAACCAGGAGCUGGGUCAGCGCACAGUGCAGCAUGUCAAGCGAGACGCAUCGACGCCUCUCCGAAGCACCGAGAGCGGUAUUGUCGACCAGGUAAUCCUGACGACGAACCAAGACGGACUCAAGUACGUCAAGGUUCGUGUCAGGACCACCAAGAUCCCCCAGAUCGGAGACAAGUUUGCGUCGCGUCACGGUCAAAAGGGUACCAUCGGUGUUACGUAUCGGCACGAGGACAUGCCUUUUACGCGGGAAGGCAUCACGCCCGACAUCAUCAUCAACCCCCACGCCAUUCCGUCUCGUAUGACAAUCGCCCAUUUGAUCGAGUGUCUACUAAGUAAGGUGGCCACCAUCAAGGGCUUCGAGGGCGACGCCACUCCCUUCACCGAGGUGACGGUAGACAGUGUCUCCAAGCUGCUUCGGGAAUACGACUACCAGUCUCGUGGGUUUGAGGUGCUCUACCACGGCCACACGGGACGCAAGCUCCGCGCCCAGGUCUUCUUCGGUCCCACGUACUACCAGCGUCUCCGUCACAUGGUGGACGACAAGAUCCACGCCCGUGCCCGUGGGCCUCUUCAGAUUAUGACGCGACAGCCGGUCGAGGGUCGAGCCAGAGACGGUGGUCUCCGUUUCGGAGAAAUGGAACGUGAUUGCAUGAUUGCACACGGAGCCGCAGCCUUCCUCAAGGAGCGCCUUUUCGAGGUCUCGGACGCUUUCCGGGUGCACAUUUGCGAAAUCUGCGGGCUAAUGACACCUAUUGCUGAUCUCACCAAGGGUACCUUUGAGUGCCGCCCUUGCAAGAACAAGACAAAGAUUGCGCAGGUGCACAUCCCGUACGCCGCCAAGCUUCUUUUCCAGGAGCUUGCGGCGAUGAACAUUGCAACCAGGAUGUUCACAGACCGGUCGGGUGUCUCGAUCCGUUGAGGCAAUAAUGUCGCCUUUGAUUGGUUGGCUAACCGUGGUUCUUUGUCUCUUUUUCCCUUAUAACUCGACCUUCACGUUUAUGCCCUACCACAAACAACAAAAACAGCGGGGUCUUUUGCAUGGAGUAAAGGAAGAACUGAGAGGGCUCAUUUCAACUUGGGGAUGGGUAUUUUAUUGCUAUUUACAUGUUCUGCAUAGCUGGUGGUGUCCGAACAGCCACGACAACCCCUGCUCGCGACCUAAACACCAAGCACAUCCGUUCUAGACUGUGGCAAAGCUGUCUCGUCUAGGUAUAGGAGAGGAGGCUUUGUUUCUCUACUCACGGCACAGUUCUGAUGUCGUCGGGCUAGUGCUCCAAAGGUAUCAGGCGGAGAAGGAAGUGGACGAUAAUAGAUUCGGGGGGUCUUGCCCCAGGAGUUGGCUUGUAUUGUACCCACGAUACAUCGAUUCUUCAGAUCAAAAGACAUGACGUAGACCUGACUGGAGCGUGCCUCGGGUAUAGCUAACGGAAGGGAGAUUAUCUUAUGCUCAAUAGUGGGUAUCGUUGCAGGUAUCUCGGU